AGAGAGAGAGAGAGAGAGAGAGAGAGAGAUAGGGUUCCACAAUCACAGAAAGAGAGAAGAAGAAGAGAGAGAGAGAGAGAGCUUCGGCGUCAGAGAACGCUGUCGUUUUGGGUAACAUUGGCAGAUCUGCUGCUCUCCGAGAGCUCCGACUACGAUAUCAGAUAGGUAGAUCUCUGCGGGUUUCGCCUCCAAAUGAAAAUUCCUAGGGUUCAGAUGAGUCCACCUGCUAUGGUGAAGAUGGAAGAUACUAAGCCUGAAGUUUCAGCUUCCAACAAUUCAAAUUCCGAAAGCAGCGAUUCUGGUCCCGUCCAAGAUCGAUUUACUGAUUUGUGCAAGAAUGUAUUAUCAUUGGACGAGAACUCUUAUGCGGAAGCUGCAAAGCUGUUCAAAGAAACCAAACAUCUGUUGAUAUCAAAUGCGUCAGCUAUUGGCAACGGAACACCUGAAGAAGCAGAACGAUUCUGGUUUGCCUUUGUUUUGUACUCUGUAAAAACAUUGAAUGACAAGAAUUCGGAUAAUUCACAGAAGAGUUCUGAUGAUAAUGGAUUUUCUCUCUUCCAAAUUUUGAGAGCUGCAAAGUUGAACAUCGUAGAUUUUUUCAAGGAGCUUCCUCAGUUUGUUGUUAAAGCUGGUUCAAUUUUAAGUAAUAUUUAUGGUGUAGAUUGGGAGAACAAACUUGAGGCAAAAGAGCUGCAGGCAAAUUUUGUGUACUUGAGCUCGUUAAGCAAGUACUACAAACGUGCAUAUCGGGAGUUAUUCUUGACAAGUGAUACAACUGCUGACAAGCAGUCAACUGUUGCCAGUGGAACUGGUUAUGUGUCUGAGUAUCAUCGUUUUGGAUGGUUGCUGUUUUUGGCCCUUCGUGUACACGUAUUCAGCCGAUUUAAAGACCUGGUGACUUGCACAAACGGCUUGGUUGCAAUAUUGGGAAUUUUAAUAAUUCAUGUCCCUGUUCGCUUCAGAAAGUUCAGCAUCCAUGAUUCAACACGCUUUGCGAGGAAAGGCAGCAAAGGUGUGGACCUGCUUGCAUGCCUCUGCAACACUUAUGACACCUCAGAAGAUGAGUUGAGAAAAACAAUGGAAAUGGCUAACGGUUUAAUAGCAGAAAUUUUGAAGAAGAAGCCCAUUUCGGCGUCUGAUUAUAAAACGGAAAAUCUAGAGAAUAUGGAUCCAGAUGGUUUGACGUACUUUGAAGGUCUUAUGGAGGAACCAUCUUUGUUGUCCAGUUUAGAGAUUCUAGAAAAAGAUUACGAUGAUGCAAUUAGGAAUAAGGGAGAAGUUGAUGAGAGAGUCUUCAUCAACGAGGACGAUAGCUUAAUUGGUUCAUGGAGCUUUUCAGGAGGAUCCAUGAGUGUAGCCGGUGUGAAGAGGAAAUUUGAUUCCAUGGCCUCCCCAACAAAGACAAUUAUAAGUCCACUCUCUCCCCAUCGCUCUCCUGCAUCUAAUGUCAGUGGUGGUGCUAAUUCAAAGAUGGUGGCUACACCUGUGAGUACUGCAAUGACAACUGCAAAGUGGCUUCGGACCUUUAUUUCUCCGCUUCCUUCACAACCCUCAGCUGAGCUGGAGGGGUUCCUAGCAUUGUGUGAUAGGGAUGUUACUACUGAUGUGAUACGUAGGGCACAAAUUAUAUUGGAGGCCAUAUUUCCAUGUAGUGCAUUGGGAGAGCGAUGUGUAAGUGGUAGCCUGCAAGGUGCUAACCUCAUGGACAACAUCUGGUCAGAGCAACGAAGAUUGGAAGCACUCAAACUUUACUACAGAGUUUUGGAGGCAAUGUGCAGAGCAGAGGCUCAAGUACUGCAUGCAACUAAUUUGACCUCCUUGUUAACCAAUGAGAGGUUCCACAGAUGCAUGUUAGCCUGCUCUGGAGAGUUAGUCCUGGCAACACAUAAGACUGUCACAAUGUUGUUUCCAGCAGUAUUAGUGAGGACGGGUAUUACCGCUUUUGAUCUUAGCAAGGUGAUAGAGAGUUUCAUUAGACAUGAGGAAUCUCUCCCAAGAGAAUUAAGAAGACAUCUGAAUUCAUUGGAAGAACGACUUUUGGAGAGCAUGGUUUGGGAGAAGGGUUCCUCGAUGUACAAUUCUUUAACUGUUGCAAGACCUGCCCUCUCAGCAGAAAUAAAUCGUCUUGGGCUAUUAGCAGAGCCCAUGCCAUCUUUGGAUGCAAUUGCCAUGAAUAUUAACUUCCCUUGUGGAGGGUUGCCUCCAGUACCUUCUUUACAGAAGCAUGAGACUUCACCAGGCCAGAAUGGAGAUAUCAGGUCUCCAAAGAGAUCCUGCACAGAUUAUAGGAGUAUAUUGCUGGAGCGGAAUUCCUUUACAUCUCCUGUGAAGGAUCGUGCUCUGGCGUUAAGUAACCUUAAGUCAAAGCUGCCACCGCCUCCUUUACAAUCUGCAUUUGCCAGUCCAACUCGACCAAACCCAGGAGGCGGAGGGGAAACGUGUGCAGAAACUGGAAUUAGUAUUUUCUUUAGCAAGAUAAUCAAGCUGGCAGCUGUCAGAAUCAAUGGUAUGGUUGAAAGAAUGCAACUGUCUCAGCAGAUAAGAGAGAAUGUUUAUCGUCUCUUUCAACAAAUACUUGUUCAGCGGACAUCUCUCUUUUUUAACCGCCAUAUUGACCAGAUUAUCCUUUGUUGUUUUUAUGGAGUUUCAAAGAUUUCUCAACUAAAUCUAACAUUUAGGGAAAUCAUAUACAACUACAGAAAGCAACCACAAUGUAAACCGCAAGUUUUUCGAAGCGUGUUUGUUGAGUGGCCUUCAGCACGCCGUAAUGGGAGGCCCGCACAGGAACACGUGGAUAUCAUAACAUUUUACAAUGAAAUAUUCAUACCUUCUGUGAAGACCCUGCUAGUUGAGCUUGGACCUGCUGUUACAACAACUACAAGAGCUAACAUGGUUCCUGAAGUUAACAAUAAUAAUGAUGCUCCAUGCCCGGGAUCACCUAAAGUAUCUACUUUUCCAAGUCUUCCUGAUAUGUCACCAAAGAAAGUUUCUGCAGCGCACAAUGUUUAUGUCUCUCCAUUGCGAUCAUCUAAGAUGGAUGCUUUGAUCUCACAUAGCUCAAAAAGCUAUUAUGCUUGUGUUGGGGAGAGUACUCAUGCUUAUCAGAGCCCUUCGAAAGAUCUCACUGCCAUCAACAACCGCUUGAACGGUACCCGAAAGCUCAGAGGCACUCUCAACUUCGACAGCGUUGAUGUAGGCCUGGUCAGUGAUUCGAUGGUGGCCAACAGCCUGUACCUUCAAAAUGGGAGUUGUGCAUCCUCAUCCGGUGCUCCAGUGAAAACUGAGCAACCUGACUCAUGAUCCAACGGCUGUAUAGUUUUCCUGUAUGUAAAUCUAGUCCUUGAUUCUCCAUAGUUAUUCUAUACAAUUUUCCGUCUAUGACAUGGGGCUCUGAAUGAGCGGCCGGAGUUAUGUAGAAUGGCCGCCGCAGGCUCCCUUCCUUUUCCAUAUGCUGAUGAUGUAUGCUAGGUAGGAAAGUUGCUAAUUCUAAUAAAAUUUCUCCCCUUUUGUCUUCUUUCA